AUGUCAUGGGAAAAUCGGAAUGGCAAUUUGCAAAACCGAGUGAAUGAACUUGACAGUCCAACUACUCAACCUCACAUCAUUUUCAUCCUGGUUGAUGACCAAGGCUUCCGGGAUGUUGGUUACCAUGGGUCCGAGAUCAGAACCCCAACUCUGGACAGGCUGGCAGCGCAGGGAGUGAAACUGGAGAAUUACUAUGUGCAGCCUCUCUGUAGCCCCUCCAGGAGUCAAUUAAUGACUGGCAGGUACCAGAUCCACACGGGCCUCCAGCACUCGGUCAUCAGGCCCACCCAGGCCAACUGCCUGCCCCUGGAGAAUGUCACACUACCCCAAAAGCUCCGGCAGGCAGGCUACGCCACCCAUAUGGUGGGAAAGUGGCACCUGGGCUUCUACAAGCGUGGCUGCAUGCCCACUCAGCGCGGCUUCGACACAUUCUUUGGGUCCCUAUUGGGUAGUGGUGACUACUACAGCCACUAUAAAUGUGACGGUCCCGGCAUGUGUGGCUAUGACCUGUACGAAGGGGAGGAGGCAGCCUGGGAACAGGAUCGGGGCCGAUACUCAACCUUGAUGUUCACCCAAAAAGCUGUGGACAUCUUGGCACACCACAACCCCCAGAAACCCUUAUUCCUCUACUUGGCCUUUCAGGCAGUCCAUUCCCCGCUACAGGUGCCCGCUCGCUACUUGGAGCGCUACAAGUCCAUCCCUAACUUACAUCGUCGCAAGUACGCCGCCAUGGUGUCCUGCCUGGACGAGGCCGUCCACAACCUCACACUGGCACUGAAGCGCUACGGUUUCUAUGACAAUACAGUGAUAGUGUACUCGUCAGACAACGGGGGUCAGCCCAUGGCCGGGGGCAACAACUGGCCUCUCAGGGGGAGCAAGGCCACCUACUGGGAGGGGGGCAUCCGGGCCGUAGGCUUCGUUCACAGUCCCCUGCUACUGAACAAGGGGACCCGAUGCCGGGCGUUGAUCCACAUCACAGACUGGUUCCCCACCCUGGUGUCCCUGGGGGAGGGGACCCUGGACGAAGACCUCAACCUGGAUGGCUACGACGUGUGGGAGGCCAUCAGCGAGGGCCGUCAGUCCCCCCGCCACGACAUUCUGCACAACAUCGACCCCAUCUACACCAAGGCAAAGAACGGCUCAUGGAAGGCCGGCUAUGGCCUCUGGAAUACGGCCAUCCGAGCCGCCCUCCGGGUGGGCCACUGGAAGCUUCUCACGGGGGUGCCUGGCUACAGCGACUGGGUCCCUCCGCAGACCUUCUCCAAUCUGCUUCUGACCAACCGCUGGCAUAACGAAUAUGUCCGCUGGGACCAGGGGAAGUCCGUCUGGCUGUUCAACAUCAUAGCCGAUCCCUACGAGAGAGUGGACCUGUCUCUACGCUACCCACACAUAGUGAAGAAGAUGCUAAUGCGGCUGGCACAGUAUAAUAGGACGGCCAUCCCGGUGCGCUACCCGGCUAAAGACUCCCGCUCCAAUCCUAACUUCAACGGAGGGGUGUGGGGACCGUGGUACAAAGAGGAUGAAGAUGAUAGAGAGACUAAUCUCCUUACCAACAACCUGGCCAAGAAGAGACGGAAGAAGAAAGCGAAGAAGAGGAAGCUGAAGGACUGAAAGAAAGGUGGAGGACUAGUCUUAUUAUUUAUUGCUGUGACUUUUUGUUGUGAAAGACUUAGAUGGUCAGAUCUCAGGGAUUGACACACGAUCGGUCUUUAAAGAUUAUCCUGCUCAAUGAUUUGAAGACUUUAAUGGACUGGUGCUUUGGAUAUUACAUGAACUCAAUGGACAAAUGGACCUAUAUUUGCCUCAUAGAAAAGGCUUUAAGGAAACAACCCACUUUAAUAACUACUGUCAGACCCAACACCUAUGACCUCAAGACUUUGGGUUAGGGCCUUUAAAUAAUGUUUAUUUUUCUAGUUUUUGAUUGCAUGCUUGAACUUCUGUGACCUUCCGAUUUUUAUUAGAUUUCUGACAUUUAGGCAAAGAGAAAAUAAAUAUAGAAUGAAUCUUUGUAG